AUGCAAACAAUUAUCUUGAUAAUUAGUACAGCUUAAUUGAUAAAAUCAGCCACUUUGGACAUUAGCAAUAGUUGCAAAUGUUCAGAAUUGAUUUAUUCAAAUGACUGUUUUAGUGGAUUUUCAGAUUGCUCUUGGAAUACACGUAAAAAUUAGUGUGUAGACGUGGCAUGUUCUGACAUUGAGUGGUCAAAUCAUUGUAAUUGGUCAUCAAAUAGAUGUUAUUGGUUCAAUAAAUAGUGCCAUGAUUUUACAUCCUGUCAGGCCAUUCCAGGAAAAGACCAAUCUGAAUGCAUUUCAGCCAAUAUCUACUGUCCUGCUUCAAAUGGAAUUAAUUGUUUACCCAUGUAAUAUCAAUAGGCGUGUUCAGAUAUUACGGAUCCAGACACUUGCAAUAACUAUUUUUCCCCAAAUGGCAAAUGUAUGUGGAAAGAGCAGAAGUGUAUCAUUCUAUAAACAUGUACUGAAUUGUGGACUAAUAUAACAAAGUCAUGUUUACCAUAUGUUUGCUAUUUUGAUUCUCUCACCUACAUGUGUAGAGAUAUGACAUGUGCAAAACACACUAUGGAAUCUUAAUGUGAUUUUGGAGUUCCAACAAUAGGUCCAUAUUUAAACAAUUUUAUUCCAUGUGAAUGGGAUACUAAAAAUAGUGUGUGUAGAGAAGCCAAUCCGAGUGACUUUAAUGUGAAUGAAUGUUAUAGUAAUAGUGCAAGGACUUACCACUGGAGUAAUAGCAAAUCUAGUAAAGGAAGUUGUGUCCCCUGCCAAAGUCCUAUAGUAACAUUGAUAAUUGGAUUAAUGGUGAUGAUUAUUAUGUGA